UUCCCCAGCAUUUAUUAAGGGCUCCCGGCUCCUGUCUCCCACUCUCACUCCCUCUGCUCAGCUCCGCUCACUCGGGAGCCUCCUGCCAGCCGCGGGAAGAACUUCGUCUCCAGCGAUGCAGCUCCUCGCGGUUCUGCUCGGGGCUCUCUGGACCGCAGCGCUGGCCGAGGACUCCCACGAUUAUGAACUCAUGUACUUGAAUUUGGACAACGAAAUAGACAAUGGACUCCAUCCCACUGAGGAGCCCACGCCGUGCGACUGCGGCCCUGAGCACUCCGAGUGGGACAAGCUCUUCGUCAUGCUGGAGAACUCGCAGAUGCGGGAGGGCAUGCUGCUGCAGGCCACCGACGAGGUGCUCCGCGGCGAGCUGCAGAGGCUGCGGGCGGAGCUGGGCCGGCUCGCGGGCAGCCUGGGCCGGCCGUGCGCACCGGCGGCGUCCUCGGAGGCCAGGCUGGCCCGGGCGCUGGACGAGCUGCUGCCGGCCAGCCGCGAUGCGGGCCGCAGGCUGGCGCGCCUGGAGGACGCGGAGGCGCGGCGGCGGGACGAGGCGGGGAGCGCCUUGGGCGCGGUGCUGGAGGAGCUGCGGCGGACGCGAGCCGACCUGCGCGCCGUGCAGGGCUGGGCGGCCGGGCGCUGGCUGCCUGCAGGCUGUGAAACAGCUAUCUUAUUCCCCAUGCGUUCCAAGAAGAUAUUUGGAAGCGUGCAUCCUGUGAGACCUAUGAAGCUUGAGUCCUUUAGCGCCUGUAUUUGGGUCAAAGCCACAGACGUGUUAAACAAAACCAUCCUGUUUUCCUACGGCACCAAGAGGAAUCCCUAUGAGAUCCAGCUGUAUCUCAGCCAUCAGUCCAUAGUGUUUGUGGUGGGCGGAGAGGAGAACAAGCUGCUGGCUGACACCGUGGUUUCCCUGGGAAGGUGGACCCACCUGUGCAGCACCUGGGACUCAGCGAGCGGGCAUGCGACCUUGUGGGUGCACGGGGAACUGGUGGCUACCACUGUGGACGUGGCCGCAGGUCACGUUGUUCCUGAGGGAGGAAUCUUGCAGCUGGGCCAAGAAAAGAAUGGCUGCUGUGUCGGCGGGGGCUUUGAUGAAACCUUGUCCUUUUCUGGGAGACUCACGGGCUUCAACAUCUGGGAUCACGUUCUCAGCAAUGAAGAGAUACGCAAGAGCGGAGGAGCAGAGUCCUGUCACAUCCGGGGAAAUGUUGUGGGGUGGGGCGUCACAGAGAUCCAGCCACACGGCGGAGCCCAGUAUGUUUCCUAAGUGCUGUGAAGCUCGACUUGAAGCCAAAGAAGAAACUCACAUUUCACAUAAAUGCCGAUUGGGAAGGUCUACAAACCUCAAAGCAUAAUAAGAACACUUGAGACUAACGAAGCAAAGAGUUGAGAUUGAUCUUUAUUUAGCUUGGCAAAAUACUGAAUAAACAGUUGAAGAGCAGACAUUGGAGAAAGCUUUGGGGAUAUUGUUUCUAGACUUUACGCCAUGGUGCUUUCAGAUUAAUGCUGUGCCUCUGUCAGAUAAACUCUGAAAUAAUUAAAAAGGACUGUAUUGUUGAACAGGCGGAUCAUUGUUCUACUUUGCUUUGGCCAGAGAUGAAUUUUAGAUUGGAAGAAAAACAAAAAUAAGAUGUGUUGUCCAUUGUUCAUUGUUCUUGACAUGUACCUUAUUACAAAAAAUGAUGAUUAAAAACAUAUUUAUACCACAAGGUGACUUAACAAAUAGAAAUGUAGUUUUUGUGUUAUAAUCGAAUGUCAAAUUCCUGAGCAGAUAGCUGUAUAAGUUAUAUUGAAAAAUGGGUUUGUAUUAAUUUUAU